AUGUCUUUGCAACCUUACAAUUGGCAAGCAGGGAAAACAACUGUUAAUGAUAGAGUUAAGUUUUUGUUUGAUAACGAAAUACUCAGUGAUGUUCAUUUUAUCGUUGGGAAAGGUUUGCAAAGACGACGUAUUCCUGCACAUAAGUUUGUCUUGUCCAUGGGCAGCGCCGUCUUUGAUGCGAUGUUUAACGGCGGUAUAGCAAGUCCCAGUGAUGAUGUCGAGUUACCUGAUAUAGAGUCAUCCGCAUUCCUUGCUCUUUUGAAAUUUCUUUACACAGACGAGAUUCAGAUCGGUCCAGAAACAGUUAUGACAACUUUAUACGCAGCUAAGAAAUACGUUAUACCAAUCAUGGAAGAUGCAUGUGUUGAUUUCUUAAAGAAAAACCUUCGUCCGGACAAUGCCUUCAUGUUAUUAACACAAGCAAGGUUAUUUGACGAGUCACAGUUGGCAACAAGAUGUUUAGAAUGUAUUGAUAAAAAUACAUGUGAAAGUUUCGAUGCAGAAGGCUUUACAGACAUUGAUUAUAAUACCUUACUGGCCGUGUUGAAACGUGAUACCCUUGGCUUGAAGGAAUGCCAGUUAUUUGAACAUGCAGUACGUUGGGCAAAACAGGAGUGUCAACGAAAAGAGUUGAGUAAAACUCCAGCAAAUUUAAGGUAUUAGCUGCUGUGAUAAAUAGAUCUGCUUACCCCCGCACCCCACCGAUCCGCGCACCCCACCGACCCCCACUAACACCCACACCCCACCUACCCCCACUCUCCAAUCACAUGCUCAACACUACAGUAGAAACCCGCUAGCUAACUUAAAGUCGCUCAACUCAAAAAAUUUAAUUUUCCCUUGGUCAAAGAUAUUGUUAUUAUAUAUACAAACAUAAUACUGCUAUUUGCAAAGUGCCAUUAGGCGUGCGACGUUUGUUUAUGUUUCAAAAAUUCCGGUUUUGAGCAAGCCAAUCAAAUUCGAUCGCUUUAUCUUCUUGUAUUAUUUUCGAAGGUAUUUUGUUGAGAUAUAUUAGCCAUGGACAGAAUUUUUUAGUAUCCCUUGGGAUACUGAGCUUGUGAUUUCCAGUAUCCAAAUUUAAAAUCUGGUAUCGCCGGGAUACUGCAAAUUUGAAGCCUUGUACACAUCAUCAAUAACAAACAAAAUCCAACACUGACCAUGUUAACUCAACCCCCUGCUAACUUGAAUGCUUUUUGUUGCCCAGUGGGAGUUUGAGGGGUUCUACUGUAUUUCCCUUCCCAUCAUGGAACAAGUUUGUAUGACAGAAUUUGUAAUAUUUAAUAUUGCCUAUGUAGGUGUGUGUUAUCCGACGCAUUGUACCAGAUCCGUUUUCCACUUAUGCCUGUAGAAGAUUUUGCAGCAGGUCCAGCGCAAUCUGGUAUCUUGACAGAGAAAGAAAUUGUCAGUUUAUUUCUUUACUUUCAUGUCAAUCCCAAACCAAAAGUAAGCUUCAUAGAUAAACCACGAUGUUGCCUUACUGGUCGUGAAAAGUCGGUCAGAAGAUUCUCCAAAGUUGAAAAUCGCUGGGGUUAUAGCGGUACAAGCGAUCGUAUCAGGUUCUCGGUCAACAAGCGUAUCUUUGUUGUUGGUUUGGGGUUAUACGGCGCGAUUCAUGGUCCCAGCGACUACAACGUCAAGAUGCAGGUCAUUAACACAGAGACCGGCUUGGUAUGUGGUGAGAAUGACACAGCGUUCAGUUGUGAUGGUACACCAAGCAUAUUCCGAGUCAUGUUCAGUGAACCAAUAGAACUCACUCCUAGCAUAAUUUACGUUGCAAGCGCAACAUUGAAAGGUGCUGAUUCUUAUUAUGGUACUAAAGGCCAGCGUAAAGUUGUAUGCGAGGUCCCUGACUCGAAGGAUGAAAACAUUGUCUUUCACUUUUCAUAUGCAACUGGGAACAAUAAUGGAACCUCAGUUGAGGAUGGACAGAUUCCUGAAAUUAUUUUCUACACUUGA